AUGAGUUCAAUUAUUACUGCUGAGAGGUUGGUUAGGUUAGCUUAUAAAUAUCCUAGAUUACAUGAUGUUUGGUACCUUAUUGCAACAGCUUGCUUAACAGUUGUUAAUCAACCACAAGAAAUUCCUAAAAUUUAUCAUUUUGCAUUAAGACAACAAUUAUUAGUAACACCUGAAGAAACAGAAAGUUUACUUACAGAUAGAUAUUUAAUUCAAUUAGCACAAGAUUCAAUUUCUUCAUCCAAAAAGUAUCAAGAUUUAACUGCUGUAGGAGUAAAUUUACCAGAUAUUUUAAUUCCCCAUAAUUAUUAUCAAAAUUUACCAUUAAAAUUUAAAUUUGGGAAAAAUGGAGACAUAAAUCAAUUUCAAGAUAAAUUAACAUCAAGAUUCAGAGAAGUGAUCUUGAAAAGUAUAGCAUUAAGUGGAUUACCCAAAGCUAUUAAUGCAUUGAUGAUUCUUAAAUCUGUAACUCCAACAAAUUUAAAAUCGGGUAUUACUCCAGAAAGACCAUGUAUCGUCCGUCCAGGUCAUAUUCCAAGUGCUAAUAUCAUAUCUGAAGAUUUAAACGGUACGAAAUUUGACGAAAAUGAUACUUCAAUAGACACUAUCGAUGGUCCAAUUUCACAAGCAUCAAUUAAUGUACAACAAAUUACAUCUGAUCUUGUAAGAGGUUCCAAGAUGUGGAAUUCAAUUUAUAGAAAUAAGAUAAAUACUAGAGUUAAGAAUCAAAUGUUGACUGCAUAUCCUGAUUUAUGGUAUUUUGCUUAUCAUAAUGUAUAUUCUCCAUUAUUAAGUUUUACGAAGAUUAUAAAUGCUAAAGAAACAUCAAUGUGCGUUGUUGCUUGUUUAAUACCACAAGAUGUAAAUCCACAGUUAAAAGGUCAUUUGAAAGGGGCAAUAAAUAAUGGUGCAACAAAGGAAGAAUUAAAUGAUAUUAGAUCAAUGGUAUUCGAUAUUUGUGAUUGGAGUGGAGGAAUAAAAUGGAAAGGAGGUAAGGAUGCAGUUGCAAAGUUGUAG